UUAAAUGAAUCGUAUAAAAAAUGUUAAAAUGCAUAUCCAUCCUAGAUUAAAAUUUAUUCCAAAUUCAUGGACAAGACUUAAUAGACGUACAGAUACAGUAUCUUAACCAAAUGGUGGAAAGCCUGCUUAUUUAUGUGGGAAGAAAUGUGGAAUUUUCUGCCCAUGUAGACCCCCUUAAACAAGUUAAGAAUGUUAUUAAGCAAUAGAUAGAAAUAAUAAUAAUAAUAAAUAAAAUAAAACAAAAACGAAAAAACAAUAAAAGGUAAAGAGGAGGGGUCGAAAUCAGAUCACUCAAUGCUGAGAUGGAGAAAAGUAAAAAAGGAAGAAAAGGAAAUCCAGAUAGCAGCAGAUAGCUGUGGUAUUGCUGGCAAGGGUCCAACCGUCCAAGGCGGAAGGGCAGAGGGACCUUGGCUUCCUUUAUGGUCGGCUGCCAUUUUUGAGGGCUUACUUAAUUUUAGGCUGUUAAUCCAAGAGGGUCCAGCUUGUAGCUUGUAGGCUCCAAGGAUGACCAGACCAACCCAUGUUCCUUUCCUUGGAGAAACCGAAAACUUGUACAUUAAUAUUAAUUUUUACAUGAAAUUCUAAUUUGAGAAACCCAGAUAAGAUAACUUAGUGGACAUGAUAGCCUAUGUAUGGUAUAUUUUGCAAUAGUAGGAUGAUGGCUAAAUUAAGAUGUCCUAAUGAGAGAGAGAGAGAGAGAGAGAGAGAAGCAUCACAUGCCAUCUUUAAGCUUCACAUGCCAAACUGUCAACAAAUUGUAUUUUUCACCUAAUACCAAAUUAUCACCUUCAAGUUGACCUCAUUUAUGGGUCUCACUCCACCAAAGAUUAUCUAUUUAUUAUUUAGAUGUUCUGUCAUCUCUCUCUCUCUCUCUCUCUCUCGAUAUAUAUAUAUAUAUAUGUAUGUAUGUAUAUAUAUAUGUAUCUUCACACAGACUCACAAGAAGUCAAAACACACCAGAAGACCAAACUCUCUUAUUGAUGCUAUUGAUUGAGAAUUCUGAAAAUGAAAAGUCUGUAAUCCCUUUCAUCCCCACCCAUGUCAUAACUCCUACCUUCCCAACUAUAUCUACCAUCCCUACUCCUUAAAUGCUCUUCAUUAUUUCUUUCUUUAUUUAUUUAAAUACCAAGAAACCCCACCUCACCUUUUGUUUUCACCGCUGCAACGCAACCUGAAUCCAUUUCCCAUUUCCCUUUUUUUUUCUUUUUUCUUUUUUUCCGUUUGUUUGCUUGUAUUGAGCUGCUGCAACCUUCUCAUAUCCCAUGGCUCCUGCGUCUCUCGACCAAACUUGUCAGACUGUGUGCGUCAUGGACGCCUCUGGACGCCUGGGCUCAACACUGGUGCACCGCCUCCUCCACAGAGGCUACACUGUUCAUGCGGCGCUACAAACCCAUGGUGAAUGGGAAAAUGUACAAGGGAUGGCAUGUAAGAACAAAAGAUUGAGGGUGUUCCAUGCAGACCCAUUGGACUACCACAGCAUAAUUGAUGCAUUGAAGGGAUGCAGUGGCUUGUUUUACUGCUUUGAGCCUCCAUCAGACCAGCCUUCCUAUGAUGAAUUCAUGGCAGAAGUAGAGGUGAGAGCAGCUCACAACGUGCUGGAAGCGUGUGCACAGACGGAUUCCAUUCAAAAAGUGGUGUUCACGUCCUCUGCAACUGCUGUUCUUUGGAGGGAUGAAGGUGCCAAUGCUUCAUCCUCGUCUUGCUGCGAUGUUGAUGAAAGAAAUUGGACUGAUAUUAACUUCUGUAAAAAGUUCAAGCUAUGGCACGCUCUAUCAAAGACUCUGGCUGAGAAGACAGCGUGGGCCAUGGCAAUGGAUCGAGGAUUGAACAUGGUGUCCAUCAAUGGAGGUCUGUUGAUGGGCCCAGAACUAAGCAUCACCAACCCCUAUCUCAAAGGAGCUGCUGAGAUGUACGAGAAUGGAGUAUUUGUCACCGUCGAUCUCAAAUUCAUCGUCGAUGCACACAUUUGUGUCUUCGAAGACAUCUCAUCCUACGGUCGAUAUCUGUCCUUCAACCACGUCAUCACUUGCAACAAAGAUGCUCUUCAUCUUGCCCACAUGCUGUUGCCUCCCUCCUCUCAAUCCUCUACAACAACUCCUCCUCAUACUCAUAACAAUACCCAAACCCAAAGCUUGAUAAUUGGAUUGCAGUGUGAGUUUGGAGGAUACUAGAGUCUACCCGCAGAGAAUAAGCAACAAGAAACUAAACAAACUCAUGGUAGACUUCGACACCAGUCUUCAGCUUCAAGUUAAUUAACCAUUUUUUUCCUCUACAUUUUUGUAUGUUUAGUCUCAUCUUCAUUUUAGGGCAUAUAUUACAAUGUAAAAUUGUAAAAGGACAGCUUAUUAUUACCAAAUUGCAUAUUAUAUCAAGUUCUUAUUGGAGAUUCUGCACUGUGAA